UUCUCUAGAAGCAUGUGAGAAAACAACACAAGUCUUACUUUUAACCCGAUUUUAUGCAUUUUUAAAGAAGCAAUGAAGUCUUUGUGAUGAUUAAAUAUCAGGAUGGAGCAUUUCAGGGAAGUGGUAAAAACAGACAUUGAAACACUGCUUGAUCGUUUUCAGGCGGCCGAGUCAGUUCGGUACGAGCAGUUUCUGGAGAUCUGGAAGGACAUGGAUUUCAGUACCGUAUUCUUUGGUAAACAAGAGCAGAGAGAGAAAAGGACUUUUGCUCGUCUGGUUCUGUCUGUAGCGUAUCAGUAUUUCUUCCCUCCAUACACUUUCCAGAUCAGAGUCGGGGCCCUUUAUCUGCUGUAUGGGCUCUUCAACACACAGCUCGCCACUCCCAGAGAGAAGAUCCGCAUCGCUCUGAAAGACUGGAAGGAUGCUAUGCAGUUUGAGAGGGAUGCAAUGAACUCUCAACAUUAUGAUGUUACAUAUGUCUUUAGAAAGCUCCUGUCAGAAAAAGCUUUCCACUUUACGGCUAUGCCAAACCUGCUUUGUUCUAGGGAAAAGAAGAAAGAUGGGAAGAGGAAAGAUGUCUGUGAAGAAUUUGUUGAUCCACCGUCACGUCCACAGCAGCUUGUCAACACUGACCUGCUAGAGGAAAUUACAAAUAUCCACACACAUUAUGAGGGUUUGAAGAAAGCCGUAUUCACAGAACCGGAUCCAAACAUGGACCUCAUCCAACAAAACCUGGUUCCCAAACUAAGCAGUGCCAUCAUUACCUUUUCAACCUGGCAGAAGCAUCGCACGAAAUUUGAAGAGCAGGAUCCUGGAGAAGGACCUUCGAAUCAAGAAAGCUCCAGCAGAGCCCAGCUGUUAGCAUCAAUCAAAUCUAAAUCAUACGGACAAGUUGUGGAGGCUUCCAAGUCCCGACGUCACAGGCAAACAGAGUUGAUCCCUGCAGCUGGAGCAGAGCUGGAGCACAAUGCGUCACCAAAAAAGAAAAGCUCAUCACUCAAAGCAAGAACUCAUUUACGCUUUAAGGCUCAGGGAAAUAAGAGUGAGGACACAACGAGGAUGUGGUGUUUGAGUUCAGUCAAAGAAGAGAAAGCAUCAAGAAAACCGGUGAAAAGAUUCAACUGGAAACCUGAAGGUAGCAGCGAUCCCACUUAACGUUAAGCCCCGCCAUCUGGACUGGAUGUGAUUGGCGGGCCGCCCAGUGUUAAAAGCUAGUGUGAUUUGUUCCUCGAGCUCCAGUUUCAUUUGAUUUGUUUUAAUCUAAUUUUACACUUUUCUGCUCUUGGGUUAAAAGGGCAGUAAAUGGACUUUACUUUUAUUUAUUAGGCAACACGUGACAUUUUUAAGACUGGUCUUUUAAUAUUUGCACAGUUUUGUAUUUUAAAACUUUGUAUUAGAUUACAGUUUCAUAAAAAAAAUUGUCAGAACAAUUGGGCAUUUGCUGUUUUUAUUGUUAUAUUAGAUUAAAAUAACUGUUGCUGUUGUGGUUUUAAAUGUUAACAAAGGUUCAGCAGCGGGACUAUGCCUCACUUUGCCUCCUUGACCAAUCACCUACUCCCUAAAACUUAUUUAGGGCGGACCAGCUCUCUAGCCCUCUUCUUCUCAUUUUUUCUAACCCAACCCUCCCUUCAGGGGCCGGCCGCUCA